AUGGUCUUCUUUGCAAGCAGGAACAAGAAGAUGGUGGUGUCGAUGUUCGCCGUCGUUGCCGCUUUGGCUGUUUUCGCUCCCAUGAUGGCUUCGGCGACGCAAUACGUGGUGGGCGAUGAGACGGGGUGGACCAAGGAUUUUGAUUACACCACUUGGACCGCCGGCAAGCAGUUCUUCGUCGGUGAUUCCCUCGUGUUCAAUUACCCAGCAGGGAAACACAACGUGUUCAAAGUGAACGGCACAGAUUUCCAGCAGUGCUCCAAGCCACUCGUUGGCGCUCCACUCACCACCGGGAGCGACGAAAUCGAACUCAAGACCACGGGGAGGAAAUGGUACAUCUGCGGCGUCUCCGGCCAUUGCGCUACCGGACAGAAGCUCGUCAUCACUGUCUCCGACGGAUCCGCCGCUCCGGCGCCGACUCCGGUCUCGCCAUCAACUGGGGCCGCCCCGGGGAGCAUCGUCAGUGCUGGGUUUGCUGCUGUCACGGUCGUCGUUGGUGUUGUUGGGAUGUCCAUGUUCUGA